GAUUUACCAAAAAAGUUGAAGGAGAAUCACUGUAAGUGACACAUAUAAUGUUUUAGGAAAAAAAAAAGAAAAAAAAGUGGAACAGGAAUAGGAUUAGAAUAUGGAGUAUAUGGACCAGGUGGUUCAAUGGUGCCAGCAAUGGCACAUAGUAUUAGGUGGAUGACUCAAAUUUUCUGAACGCUUUGAACUUCAAUGUAACAGUUCUUCACAUAACACCAAUCUAUAUCUAUAUAUUGUAUGUAUAUAUAUAUAUACACACACCACCACAUUCACCACUUCCCCACAGUUCAUCGUUCACCGUUUCACACACACACACUCACUGUCACGUUCCCCACUUCUGAAGCAACAUCGGCCAGCCACCAUCACCAUCCACUUUUUCUUGGAUAUAAAACUUCCUCUUCAUGAUUUCACCGCAAACAAAAAAACCCUUGUGUUGGUUCUUCCUUCUUUUCCUCGUCUUGUUGCAGAAGCGAUUCCAGAUGGGUGUGGUCGACCAAGACUCUUCCCAUUCCCAACCCAAUCGGAUCCUGAUCCGUGCGGUCUGGGCCUCCAACCUUGAAGCGGAGUUUCAGAUCCUUCGCGGCGUAAUCGACGAUUACCCUUUUGUUUCCAUGGAUACUGAAUUCCCCGGAGUUAUUUACCUCCCCCAAGUGGUGGUUCCGACAGAAACCACCCGCCGCCACCUUAAACCCUCCGAGCACUACGCCUUCCUCAAAUCCAACGUUGAUGUCCUCAACCUUAUCCAGGUGGGUCUCACGCUUUCCGAUGCAGACGGUAACCUGCCCCACCUCGGGACCAGCAACCGUUUCAUCUGGGAAUUUAACUUCCGCGAUUUCAACGUGGAGCGUGACUCCCACGCGCCGGACUCAAUCGAUCUCCUCCGCCGUCAAGGGAUCGACUUCGGGCGCAACGCGGCGGAAGGCAUCGACUCGUGUCUUUUCGCAGAACUGAUGAUGUCGUCGGGGUUGGUGUGUAACGAGGCGGUGAGUUGGGUGACGUUUCAUAGCGCGUAUGAUUUCGGGUAUUUGGUUAAGAUUCUGACCCGACGGAGCCUGCCCCAUGGGUUGAAGGAUUUCUUGAAAAUCUUGAAAGCGUUUUUCGGAGGAAAUGUUUAUGACAUCAAGCACAUGAUGCGGUUCUGUGACGGCCUGUAUGGCGGUUUGGACCGGCUGGCACUAACCCUGAACGUGGACCGGGCCGUUGGAAAGUGUCACCAGGCCGGGUCCGAUAGCUUGCUGACGUGGCAUGCGUUUAAGAGAAUGUGGGAUAUUUAUUUCGCGGAGGGUGGGCCCCAGAAACAUGCCGGUGUUUUGUUUGGAUUGGAGCUUGCGUAUUCCUCUAGUUGAGGAACUCAAAAUGAAAAAGAAAAACCAUAUAUAUAAAUAAAUAUUUUAUUCUUUAUUUUAUUUACUGGAUAAAUUAAUUAUAGAUUCGGAAACUGCCAAACUCAACAAUCUUCUCUUACGUCGUGGGGGUUGAUGAAGAGAUUGAAAUUUGAAACUUGAAACGCACUCCAUGCCAUGCGUUGGCUCUUGGAACUUGAAACAAGUAUGGGGUGGAAUUGGUUCACUUUUGUUUUCCUUUUUUAAUAAAUUAGGAUAAUUCACUUCAGUUUCUG